AUGAGUCCCUAUUCACUUUGGACUUCCUUGACAGGCGUGGUCGGGUUUGGCGAUGACGAAAUGAACGUCAACGUCAACGUCGCAAUGCGAUUUCAUGACGGAUUUGGCGGUGGAUCGGUUAUGGUGUGGGGUGGACGAAAUGUCCGUGCUCACCGUGCACGAAUCGUCAAUGCUCACCUCCAGCAGCACAACAUCUAUCGAAUGCCAUGGCCAGCAACGAGCCCAGAACUUUCCCCCAUUGAACACGUCUGGAACGUGAUAGGGAGAUGUGUGCGUCAACGUCAAAUACCGCCGACCACGUUAGCGGAACUUGGUCAGGCGCUGCAAGAGGAGUGGAACAGACUCCCUCAAAUUGCCAUUGGGAGACUCAUACGCAGCAUGCCUCGUCGACUGAAUGAAUACGGGUUUCCUGACCUGCUAGACUCGUAUCAAACGGAUAUUGAGAUAAACGUCAUCGACCAGGGCAUCACAACCGACAUUGAGGAAUACCUGGACUUCUCUGGAAACAGAGGACUCAUCACAUACUUCAAAAACGGAGUCGGAUACAGAGCCAUAUACAGCUACAAUACUGAUGAAAUAUUUGACAUAAAUGACUCGACUGGGACGUGUCGAGUUCGAAACCUGACGGCGAGCAGACAGUCGGCACUGUUCGGAAACAAGGAGCGUGAUGGGAUUCCACACAUCUACACGGCUAGAGAUGCCUUGAGAUUCGGAAAGAAGUUCGGACAGGACGCUCCGAUCGCAUACACUGUAUCAGUGGGAGUUCCUAUGACUCCGCCGUUGUCCAGGAUGUGGGCAACCUCACGUAGGGCAGACGCCUGGUGUGAAGGAUAUAAUGGACAUGGAGAAGUGAUGGCAAUUGGACCGGAAAUGGAUACAAGGUAUGACAGCACGGAACUAUCAGGGACGCGGAUACAGAUGCUGUCUUUGGUGCCAAUUAUGUCAUUCUGCGGAUGGCGUCCGGGUGUUUGCAAGAAGCUCCAAUGGCGUAUACUGUGUCAGUGGGCGUCCCCACGACCCCGCCGUUGUCGAGAAUUUCCGCCACCUGCUGAAGUGCAGACGCCUUCUUUGACUGAAACAGGGGACACGGAGGUGUAUGUGGGCACAGCUCGGGUGAGGGGCAUCUUGACCAGUCACUGGAAGGCCUGCAUGUCGGUCACACAGGCGGGGAAGAACUUCACAGCGGACUACUAUUUCUCAGCCGGGAACUGGACCACUGCCUCGUCCAGUCCUAACGUUCCAGUUCGCAUUGAACUCCAGGGAGUUCAGACGUUCUCCAACGGCACGGCACCCAGAUCGUUCCACCGCGUCUACGACUUCUUUAGAUUUAGAGCAGAUUCAACAGUAGACAGAACUUACUUUGAGACUCCCAAAGGGGUGAUCUGUCCAGGACGUGUGACGACAAAGUCAAUCCCGACUCUCCCCAACUACUAUUACUUCAGACAAGAAACCAUAGUUCCAGGGGCUGGCACCAUAGGCAUGUCAGACUAUAUGAACUUCUAAGUUACUACAUUACAGAUUUGGUAUGACUAUGAAUACAAGCUCGUUCGUGCCGAUUCUAGGCAAGAUGGGUACGGACCACCGUUCUAUACUCCUAACCCAGUGACGGAAAUUCACGACUACACGGCAGGCGUGAGAUACCUGAAAGAUCACGUCACGGGCAACUGCAGUGUGUGGCCGCUACAGAACGGGUCGUUCGACUCGGACCGGACCAUCCAGGCGUUCAGAGUGAACGGAUCGUACGUGCUGCACAUGAAAAACCCCAUGGCGCUGUUCGGCUUGGCAGGCAACUUCACCUACACCGGCGUGAGAUCCGCUCGGGGCGGUGUUCUGUGUGACGUGUACACGUCCCUCCAACCCAAGUACAUGGUGUCCGGGAUUCCCAUGAACGCCACAUUGGAAUUCUACUUCCUGUCGGAUGGAUGGUCAGAAUAUCCUAAUGUUGGACUCAGUGGUUACCAAGACGACUACCCCUAUCAAAUAGAAAUAACGGUCUCAGAAGCGGCAUACCAUGUUGUUAUCAACAUUCUAGACUUCGACGCAGACCACCCGAGAUUAACGUCGUUUGACAUCAGUGACUGCUACCCCGACACCGCCAAAAUACACUUCAGAACACGCUUUCCAGGGCCUUACUCUCCAGACACGGAGAACUUCCUGAUUAACGCAGCUCACAUACAGAUGUCUACCCAGAUGACUAUAUCUCCAAUGCGACUACAACGGUUCAGCGUGGAAGCGGAUCACUCUAACAUCUUCAUCAAUGCUAUUCUUGUAGACAUGGUCCCGGCCUGGGCUGAGUUCACGUAUUUACCCGGGAAGGUGGUGGAGCGGCAGGAUGACCUGGUAAUCAAUGACGUCAUAGAUCCGCGGUACUGCGCCACACUGUGCAACACCAACAAUGGCUUCAUGUGCAACAGCUUCGACUUCUGCAUCUCCGACAAGACGUGUCGACUUAGCCGGGCACACGUCGGUGACGGCAGCGUUGCCGUGGCGUCUGUCAAGUGCGACCACUUUACGAGAACCUUGUCAACAGGAACUGUGUCUGUACCUCUGACCAAAGCGUUCGCUCAAUACCGGUCACUGGUUUACAAGGGUCAAAUGUACUUCGACUUAACCAAUGACAAUGGGUUGAUGAACAAAACGUCGAUGCCGUCUCUGGGAGACGCGUUCUCGUAUCGGUCCGAGGUGGUGAUCCCCCAGUACAAGUACGUCACGGAGACUGCGGUUUGGUAUGACGCUAAGAACCAAUUGGUUCGAUUUGAUGUACGGAUCCCUGUUCCAAACACUGUGUACUAUUCUAAAAAUCCAGUUACCUAUAUCCAAGACUUUAAUACAGGCAUUGCCUACGGGAUCGACCAGGUUGGGGGUAACUGUACGGUGGCCCCCAUUGACCCCAACCUCGAGAUUGACGCAGCUAUCAACAAGGGUGCCCAACAGAGAAAUGGCUACGUUCUACACCUCAAGGGUCCGCUGGAGUUGUUCAGAAUGGAUGUAUCUUUUGCCUACGCCGGUCAGAAAACAGUACGCGGGAUUCUGUGUAACGUAUUUGAAGCGGUCAUACCAGAUUACCAAAUAGUGGGAACCAACAUCACCAGCAGGGCCACAUUACAGUACUUCUUUCAAGCUAGUGACUGGACAGCUGUCAGUGAUGAUGGUUCGGACACGACUAAAAACCAGCCCGUCAUGAUGAAACAUUACACCGACUAUAAAAAACAGUUUAUGACAAUCAACAUUUUCGAUUUCGAGAAUCACUAUCUCGAUUUAUCAGUGUUUGACAUCAGGAAGUGUUUCACCGACAACCAGAAGCACCACUUUGAGAUCACGUUCAAUCAACAUUUUCAUCCGUAUCUGGAUGACGGCAAGACAGUGUUCCUGUCAACAGCUAGACAGUUCCUGUCGGAUGUUACAAGGACGUCUGCGCUGCGAUUUCAAAACCUGGAUCUCACGUACAACCUUGAUUCAGUGUUUCUUCUCGUCACUUUACUGGAGGUGCCAGAUUUCAUGCGUGAGUUCAUUUUAUUAAAUGGAAAUGGCCGUCAUGAUCGGUUUAUUGUAGUAUACUUUCACAAAAUGGACGGCCAGCACCCAGCCCGUCAAACGAACCUGAAAGUGUCCAAUGUGAGAAAUGCAAGGGAAUGCGCCCAGGCGUGUAUCCAGCAGGUGAACUUCAUCUGUAACAGCUUCGACUUCUGCCCUUCCACAUCAGAAUGUAUGUUCAGCACCACGCAUGUCCCUGACGGCUAUCUAGUUCCGGGUCAGACCAGCGUCAUGUGUACCCACUACUCGCGUAAGCCAUCAUUUCAGUAUACAUGUCUUCGAUCUGUGAACGGGACGGGUCCCGAACUGUCCAUGAUGCGCGUGUAUGACACGCUCAAAGACAUGGUGUACAAAGGAGUCUUCAUCUUACCCAUUACUUACGAUGGCAGUAAGACGUUCGAGUACAAAGCCACUGGUAUCAGGGACACAAUCAUUCGACCUGAUUCCGCCCAGCCUUCUGGAGGUACAGUGUGCACAUACGCCAGUCAGACAGCACAAGUUAAAGCACAUGCACGUAAUUAUAAUAUGAAUGGGAUGUCAAAACGACAUUUAAAAAUCAAAUGGCAUUUCUAUAUACACCCCUAUGUACAUGUAUUCCGUCCUGUCACUGGGUUGAUGCUGUGUUCGGUUUUGUACCCAGGAGACUUUAUAAAGCAGUACAAAGUGUUCAAGACGAGCGUGGUGAUGGGCCACAACGACUUCAAGCUGGACCAGGUGGCAGUGGACGACUGCGCGACCGCGUGUUCCGAGGAGAUCCGGUUCGACUGCGAGUCGUUCGACUACUGCUUCACAACGGGCACCUGUCUCCUGAGCAGCACUCAUCCAGACCAGAGGCCGGACCUCGUCAAACAGCACUCCUUCUGCGACCUCUACGCAAGUACGACUCGAAUCUAUCUGAGAACAUAUAUGCUUCUACCAUCUGAAAUCACGAAGUGUCUCAAUAGACAUAAAACUGGUCAGAACGUGCCUACUUUUCUUGUUGCAGGGAGGUACAUCAUGAACUACAAGCUGUUUCCAGGUCAGGUGAUGGUUGCGAAGGCAGACGUCAUAGUGAGCGACACCAACUCGGCUGACAUGUGCGCCAAAGCGUGCUCCACUUCAACGCAGAUCACGUGUCACUCGUUUGACUUCUGCUCCGAAAUGAAAAGCUGUCGUCUGCACAAAACCCACAUUCUAGAUAUGCCUGCGAAUUCACUUCUGUCCAGCCCAAUGUGUUACCAUUACUCAAGGGACUACGUUUACGACUUUUCACCAAAACGAGGCGUCGUGAUUAACGGGAAUGACGACAUCGUGGUUGACGGCGUGUCGAGGAUGCAGUGCGCCAAGCUGUGUGUUGAGGAGUCGGCGCUGGAAUGUCGCAGUUUCGAGUUCUGUCCCAACUCGUCCUCGUGUGUAUUGUCCCGAGCACACACGAAAUCUGACACACAAGUCAAAGUAGAAACCAGCAAAUCGUGCAGCCUAUAUUUACGUAAAACACUGGCAGAUGGCACGCCGUAUGACCCCAAUGGAGCUCUUCAUUACCAGACUGUACACGCCAGCACUAGUGACACAGGUACAAAAGCUGGUUUGGCUAUUGGCAUGCUAAUACUGGGAGCCAUCAUUUCAGCAGUAACUAUGUUUUCCAUCAAGCGGUGGAAAUCGAGGAAUCAUGAUUAUGAUAUGAAAGUACACUUUGUCAGUAAUCCAUUAGAAGAUAGCAGCUGAUGAUGUUAAAAAAAUACACUUUUAAAAAUACACAGAUACUGAACACGACAAGGAGGUUAAAUACAGAAAUGACGUUUAUAUAUACUGAACUGGACUGAAAAAGACAAGGAGGUUAUAUACAGAAAUGACGUUUUAUAUAACUUUACCUCCAUUGAAAACUCACCAGUGAUAUUUAUAGUUGUAAAAAGGAUAUAAAAAAAUAAUACAUUUAAACUAAAUAAUACCAAAAUUCUAUACAAGGGUUAGGGUUAUAGCAACCUCACAAGUGAUGGCAAUAACAGUUGAAAAUUGCGUGAUAUGUUUACAUUGGAGUUCGGUAUACUUUGUUUACAUCAAAGGUGGUAGAAUAGUUAAAAAUGUUUUUGGAAAGUCAGUUCGUUGAGUGUAUUUUAUAAUGACGAAAUGGGGAACAUUUGGUUGUUAUUUGUAUUUAAUUAUCAGUUAUAAGAUCGAUUGUUUUAUAAAUACCGAUACGACCGAUUUUACUAUUACGUUUUCUUCAAAAUACUUGAAAUACCAUUGGAAUACCAGUUCGUUGUCUUAUCACUAGCACAAUCUGGAGACAGCUGUUUCAAACAUACUGUGUUUGUCAGUGUUAUUAUUAAUUUCGUUUAUGAAAAAGUGAUUAUAGAUGCAUGUGUAAAUAUUUCCAGAACAAUCGAUGCAUUGAUUGUGGAAAGACAGCUGAGAAAGCUGUUGUUAGAUCCAAUAUACGUCUAUCGUUGUGUAUAUACAUAUUUAAACGAAGAUAUUGUGUAUAGCCGUAUACACAUGCCGUUAACUCAAUAGACAUAACGAAUGCAGAUACUGAAAAUAAAAUGGAGGUUUAUAUACAAAAAUGUGUAAACGUGUAUAAAUGUUGGUAAAGUACUUGAUAUACUGUUGGUAUUUGCGAAAACCUCAAUUGUCGUUAAUAUUUAUUAUUCAGUAGUAAAAUAAAAUAUUUUUGUAUACAAAUGAUAAGUGUUCGUACAACUUCCAUUUGUUUUAAUAUAUAUACGGUCAGGGCCGUAUCUAUCCUAAAAUAAGGGAUUGAGGAGUAAAACGAAUAGACCUGCGAUUGGUCAAUCCAUUGUGCCAAUUAUAUUUUUGAUGAUU